UGGACAGCACUCCACGCCGCAGUGUCAAUGCGUGGAUUCAACCGGUGGCUUUCUAGUGUGCAGCACAGCUACUUUGAAGACCAUACAUGAGUGAACGUCACACAGACCACCGUUUAAGGCUCAUUCGGGGCACGCUAAUCGCUGUUGAUCUCACUUUUUUUUUGUUCCUAUGUGGGGGUUUAUGUGUGAUCCUACAUCGCGUGGGUAGGUGUGCCGCCGGAAGAGCGCUCGACUGGCUCGGUGGAAAAGCGUGAGUGUGUGGCGAGCAGACCGCUGUGGUGGUGCCUCUAAGAGAGCCUCCAUGAUUUAAGGAUGCUGGUGGGAAAUGCCUGGAGACAGAGAUGACGAGAUUUGUCAAAAGGCACUUGAACUCCUCUCGGAUCUUUGUUCCAGGGGGGAAGUGCAGAGCGAAAACUGCCUGGAUUUCAUUUACUAUUUCCGUGAUUUGGCCAGACCACGCUACUCGGACUCAGAUGUGUCGGUGAGUCUUCUGUCUCUGGUAGUGACGGCCUGUGGCUUGGCUCUAUUUGGAGUAUCCCUCUUUGUUUCCUGGAAGCUCUGUUGGAUACCAUGGAGGGAGCGUGGUCUAUUCCCCACAACCAAGGAGCCCCAUGGCGGGCACCUCAACCCGGCCAUGAGCCCUCUGCCCUCCCAGCCUGUACCCAGGCAGCCAGUCUACACGGCCGUGGACCCCCCAGCCCACAACCGCCGUGAGUCAUCACACUGCUCUAUCGCCAAGGAGCCCACUCCUGUGGCGUCGGUUGUUUCUGUGGAGGCUCCCGGUACGCCUGUAUCACCACCCCCCGUGGUCCUGGCCCCACCGGAGGCAGCCAUGAAGAUCAGUCACACAUCUCCAGACAUUCCACUCGACGCCCAACAGGAGAAAAAUCGUGAAAACAGAGUUCACACUAACCCUCGGAUUCAGAGACAGACGACGGAACCUUCACCCUCCGGGCGCUCCAUGUCGGAAACUGGACAGGGCUCCAUACGCCGACAUAUGAACUUGUCCAACCCUGACUUCAACGUGGCCCAGUUCCAAAGACAGGACUCUCUCACUGGAAUGGGACUGGGCCUUGGGCGCCUCAAACCCGAGCUCUACAAACAGCGUUCUCUGGAGGGGGAUGAAGGCAGUCACAGAGGCGGAGGCUGCGGGCGCCUCCACUUCAUCCUGAAGUUUGACUGUGACCUGGAGCAGCUGAUUGUUAAAAUCCACAGAGCGGAGGACCUCCCAGCCAAGGACUUCUCUGGAACCUCUGACCCAUACGUUAAGAUCUACCUGUUGCCUGAUAGGAUGACCAAGCAUCAGACCAAGGUGCACCGUAAGACGUUAAACCCUGUGUUUGAUGAGGUCUUCCUGUUUCCCGUGGCCUACUCAGAGCUUCCCACACGCAAGCUGCAUUUCAGCGUCUACGACUUUGACCGAUUUUCACGCCAUGACAUUAUUGGCCAAGUGGUCGUGGACAACUUCCUGGAUCUGGCAGAUUUCCCACGGGAGACAAAACUCUGCCGGGAAAUCAAAUAUGUCUCUACGGAUAACGUGGACCUGGGCGAGCUGAUGUUUUCUCUGUGUUACCUACCAACUGCGGGGAGGCUGACCAUCACCAUGAUCAAGGCUCGUAACCUAAAGGCCAUGGAUAUCACGGGUGCAUCUGAUCCAUAUGUAAAGGUUUCUCUCAUGUGUGACGGUCGCAGACUGAAGAAGAGGAAGACCUCCACGAAAAGGAACACUUUGAAUCCGGUCUAUAACGAGGCCAUUGUUUUUGAUGUCCUGCCAGAGACCAUAGAGCAGAUCAGCCUGUUGAUUGCAGUCAUGGAUUAUGACCGCGUCGGCCAUAACGAGGUCAUCGGUGUGUGUCGGGUCGGCAACGACGCAGACAACCUGGGUCGAGACCAUUGGAGUGAAAUGCUCACAUAUCCCCGAAAACCUGUCGCUCACUGGCACCCUCUUGUUGAGUACCAGGGGACCACAGGUAGUAGCCAGGGAGGAUCCUGCAACUCUCUGAAAGCUCCUCCUUCUCCAUAGCCCACAACAACAUUUGACAAAAGAUCUCGCCUAAGGCCUGGGCUCAGCCUACUGGUGCUGCUAAUUACUGCACACAACACACACACACCUCCACGCACGCACGCGCAUGUGCAAACACACACACACACACGCACACACACACACACUAAAGUGAAAAGUGCAGCCAUCCAUGGUGGGAGAGGAUGGAGAGACACAACUGGAUCAGUUGCAUGUUGAAUGAUCACUCUGAUGGAUGUUUUAUUUUCUAUAAUGUUCCAUGAGAAAAAAACAAAACAAAACAGCCGGCAUAUGCAGACAUUUGACGUCUGUCUUCCUCGGUUUACACGUGUUGUUUUGGGUUUGUUUUUUUUUACUUUGUCUUGUUACGUGUCUUAAACUGAGGUGAGUGUGUAUUUGCACUAUGUACUUUACAACCAGUCAAACUGCCUUUCUAUUUGGUAGAGCAUUGGUGCAUGAGGUCAUUGCUUGUCGGGAUAUCUCCCUGUUGUUUGUUUGUUUCCCUCUCUACUUUGGAUGUCUUGUUCUGUUUGUUGAUGUGCAGUGGAAGUUGAUUGAAAGUGUUUGUCUGUAAAGAAAACAAUUGUAUAUUGUCAAUACAUACGACUCAAUCAAAGCCAUUGCUGAUCCAAUUGUAUCAGCAGGUUAAAUAUUCUGUUUUUUGAAUCAAUCCAAUUCCUCUUUUUUCUUCUUUUCUUUUACCUUCCCAUAUAAUAUAUGGAGUAUUAGGGCCACCUUGAAAAUAAAUAUAUUUUAAAAUAAAAGUUGUAAUUUUAAAAUCAAUUUAUUACAAUAAAUUAAUUUAUUUUUUAAAUAUAUUGAGCAUUAACCUGCGUAAGAUGAUCGUUUCUAUGUUUGACUUUAAUAUACUUUUGACAAACAACAACAUAGUCAAUGUUUUGUCUCAUCAAUACCAUUCAAUGAGGUUAUUUAAACAGCUGAGAAAGAGCUACACGGACUGAAAUCAUAUAUUUUCUUAGGUCUGAUCAAUUGUCAAAGCGGAAGUGUUUUUAACAAUUUCAUAAUUGUUUGAUAUUAUGACAUUAACCGACUAAUAUAUGGAGCUGUUCUUGGUGCGUUAAGGUUUGUGUGGGAAUUUAUUUAUAAAAAUUAUAAUAUACAUCAUUAUUAUAUUUUUUUUUUUUUCUCAAAAUAAGUUAUGUUUCUCGUAUUACAAAUUUAUUCUGGUAAUUGUUUCUUGUAAUUGUAUUUGUUUUGGGUUUUUUUUCAGUGUGGCUCUAAUACUCACUCUCCAAUAUUACCCCAUCAUCAACUACAGAAUAACCGUCACUGUAAAGUCAAUUUACAGUAUGUGUGACUGUUUAAAAUAAAUGUGUACAAAAUGAAAGGCAGCCAAGUGGUUUCUAGGACAGGGAAUAGCUGCUUUUGGAAGCAGACUGCAACAAGACGCAGCUAAUAACACAUUUAUUUGAAAAAAAACCCUACUUUGUUCCAAUGUUUUUCCAUGCAGUGAGCCAUCAGUUGCAUUUUAGUCUUUUGGCAACCGAAUUAAUACUCAUAAUUUGGCAAGUUAAUUCUCAAAUGACCUUUGGAGGUUUUCUGAAGGAUUUGUGUUAUGGAUCUGUUUUGCAUGUAAACAGGAAAUGGUUGAACAUUUGAGAAAUGUGUCUGGAAAAUGAUCGCAAAAAUAAUAUAUUUUUUUGCCAUUUGUAAUGAGUUCAAGGAUGACUGGUAAUGAUUGGACAUGAAAACAUUGUCUUUUUCUUCCAGUUUGCAGUCAUGUGGCGUCAUGAUCAACUGUCCUUUUCUUUACUUAAAUGUUUUGAGAUCUCUCCAGUGUGCCUAUGUGGAUGUUACUUUUAGGCUAGUGCUGUUCUGUU